UACAUCCGGGUAACUGUGGUGACCUUGGUUGGUUCAUCAUCAUGGCGGCUAUUGUCAGGUUGAGUUCUGUGUUUCGCAGAGGAGUCAAACCUCUGUUCUACCAAGGCACUCUGCUGGCCAGGCCGCUGGUUGUACCACACAACUACCAGGAGCAGCCCCACCAGCUGACAGCAAGGAUCCAUGCGUCACAGGCUCUGAACGCGGGCUCUGGCUCCAAAGCCGCCUCUCUGCACUGGACAGGAGAGCGAGUAGUGAGCAUCCUGCUGCUGGCCCUGGGACCCGCAGCCUAUUUCAGCCCCUGUCCUGCUGUCGACUACUCCCUGGCUGCUGCCCUGACCCUGCAUGGGCACUGGGGUAUCGGGCAGGUAUUAACAGACUACGUUCAUGGGGACGCAAAGAUCAAGAUGACCAACGCCGGCCUCUUCGUCCUGUCCACGGUCACCUUCGCCGGUCUCUGCUACUUCAACUACAACGACGUGGGCCUCUGCAAAGCCAUCGCCCUGCUCUGGAGCAAAUGAGUUAACUGUGGAAGCUUGGAGGACCGAGACACCGGGAGAAGAGAAAUCUUGUCCUGGCUGAUUGUAAAAGAUUGAAGGUGUUCUAUGUAAAUUCUUAUAAAUAUAUCAUGUUGACAAUAUAACAGUGAUUCACAGGUAUGUAACUGUAAUUAACGUCGAUCAAUUCAGGCUUGGUCUCUGUUUUAAGUCUUCGGUCAACAACUGGCAUCAAUUUUCUUUUCUAAAAUGUGGGAGAUAUUCAGAUUUGUUUGUUCAAUGUGGACUUCUAGCAACGUUCCCCUGUAGAUUUUCAUCAUAAGCAACAACAUGUCCAACUCUACAAAUAGGAGCUACCAGUUUCCUCGCAUGUAAUCGUUAUAUUUACUGGGACAUGCAUAAACUGCUACAACUUCAAUUAAGUCUUACACAAAAGUGCUGUCUGUUCGGGUCUUGUAUGUUGCUCAAUGUAUUUUGUUUCAUUCACAAUGUGUACAUACUACCUUUUGCUCAAACUCAUCAGGGAUAGCAUAGCAGAUCCACGCGCCCUCCACACUAACCCCCCCACGAGGAAGAUCCACCUACUGUUUCUUUUGUUGCUACACUCUUAGCCUUUCCCUCACCUCGAGUUUCACUGUAUGCUGAUGACAGACCGCUGUUUGCAGAUCUCCAGCUGUUUUGUUUUUUUUAAGAGCAGACUGCCUUUGCUUCCAUUAGCUAACUGCUGCCCUAUUGAAGGUUCAUUAAAGAUAGGCAAGAACGGAAGACAAAAUAAAAACAUGUCGAACUUCAAAAUAUUUCAUACAAAUGUAUUGAUGGCAGUUGUAUUUAUUUAUUACCUCUUGGGGGAAAAAUAGAAACCUAAUUUCAGUGUUCCUUCAUCAAUGUGAGCCUAUAUAAGAUUCCAUAUGGCUGACUAAUCAAACUCCUUCAUUUAUUCCAGCAAUAAUCUUUAGUACUGCUUGUAUGGGUGUCGCCGGUUGUGUUGGCUUUAAAACCGGUUUGAACUUCAUUUGGUUGUCUCAAUGCUCACGCAGUAAAUGUUUCUGAGAGCUUACACGUUUUGUCUUGGUCUGUUUGAUUCUUCCAAAUUGUCCAUUUGUAAUUUCUGUUCAAUUUUUUUUCAACUUUUCAGAUUAUACGAACAAAAUGCGAUAUGGCAAGAAAAAUGCACUGUUCCUGCCUCAGCAAAAUAAAGUUUGCUUUACAGAUGUUUUCA